UCAAUAUCGGAUCACUUAAAUUCAUGCUGCGUAGUUCUCCUAAGGAGAUAAACCGCUCUUUAUCGAGAAAUUUUUUAUUUUUAGGACUCGACACCUUUUGUUAGGAGAAAUUUUAGUCAUCACACCUUUGUGUUUUAUGAUCGCACCUACUACUCAGUGGUACUAUGCUUCAUUACCUAAAAUUUUAAAUGGUCCACUACCUCCAAUUACUCGGAUAGUCUAUAUAUACAUAUGACUGGUCAUUUACUACUUACAUUGUUCAACAAAAAAAGAAGGUACCAUGAGUACAACAAACUAUCUAAAAUUGUUACUCCUAUUCCAAAAUUUAUUCUCUUUAGCUUGCCUAAUAAGCAGCCAACCUACAGCCCCAUCAACAACACCAACCACAACACCAGUGCUAGACAUGGAUGGCCAUGAGCUCCAAAUUGGCUCAAAAUACACAAUUUUACCUAGUCAAAAUGGAACUGGAGGAGGUGGACUAGCACUAGCAGCUAAAGACAGGCCAUGUCCUUUUUAUGUCAUGCAAGAAAACCUUGAAUCAUCCAAUGGCCUUCCAACAAGAUUCAUGCCAGUUGACAAUAAACAAAGUGUCAUAAAUCAUUCUACUGAUUUAAACAUUGUGUUUUUUACUGCCACCAUUUGUGUGCAGUCCACGGCGUGGAAGCUCGGUGGCGCGGACGAGAUAACCGGCCGGAGGUAUGUCAUGAGUGGUGGCAUGACUGGCCGGCCGGGGCUGGAGACAGUGAGCAAUUGGUUUAGGAUAGAGAGGAUUGGGAAUGGGAGUAGUAUUAAUAAUGGGUAUUAUAAGAUUGUGUUCUGUCCUGGGGUUUGUAAUAAUUGCAAGGUAGUGUGUGGGAAUGUUGGUGUUUUUAAUGAGAAUGGGAAGAGAUGGCUUGGGUUGAAUGAUGAACCACUCGUUGUUAGGUUCAAGAAAGUGUUGAAUUAGUAUGAAGAAUUGAACUUUUCAUUUUUCUUCUUA